GGGGCCGGUAUAAACCCACUCUGCAUAUAUAUAUGGUACUAAGGUGUCAUACUUCCAAGAAAGCGAACAGAGGCUUUAAAAAAAAAAUCCACGGCUGCGGUUUAGAAACUUUUAACAAGUUACUUUUUUAACAACAAGCAGACCAAUCAAGGAGGAUGAGGGCGCAGAUCCAAAGAGUUCCACAGAUUGUAGAGCUGCUAAAGAAGAAGAAGUCCGUGGGGUUGCAGCACUUCAAGCCCACAUCCUCAGUGUGCGUUCUGGAGGAAGAGAAGGAUGCUGUGGAGGCUGCGAGGUGCCCGCAUGCUGCUGCUGCUGCUGCAGCCGCCUCAUCCUCCUCCUCAUUAGGGGCGCACAGCUUGGAUGCCUUACCCGGACCCACCAACUGGCCUCUGGUCGGCAGCCUGGUGGAACUCCUCCGGAAAGGAGGUCUCACCAGACAACACGAAGCACUGGUGGAUUAUCACAAAAAAUUCGGUAAGAUCUUCCGCAUGAAGUUAGGCUCAUUCGAGUCAGUGCACAUCGGCGCACCUUGCCUGCUGGAGGCGCUCUACCGGAAGGAAGGCAACUACCCGCAGAGGCUGGAGAUCAAACCUUGGAAAGCCUACAGAGACUUCCGAAACGAGGCUUACGGACUCCUCGUCCUGGAGGGGAAAGACUGGCAGAGGGUGAGGAGCGCCUUCCAGCAGAAGCUGAUGAAGCCCACAGAGGUGGUGAAACUGGACGGCAAAAUAAACGAGGUGCUGGAAGACUUUGUUGGCAGAAUUGGAAAAGUAAACGUGGAUGGGAAAAUUGAUGACUUGUACUUUGAACUGAAUAAAUGGUCUUUUGAGACUAUUUGCCUAGUGCUCUACGACAAGCGGUUUGGAUUGCUGCAAGAGAAAGUCGACGAAGAAGCCAUGAACUUCAUCACUGCUGUGAAAACUAUGAUGAGCACCUUCGGCAUGAUGAUGGUCACACCAGUGGAGCUUCACAAGAGCCUCAACACCAAGACCUGGCAGGACCACACCAUAGCAUGGGACCGCAUUUUCAGCACAGUCAAAGUUUACAUUGACAAGAAGUUGAAGAAGAACGCCCUGAGCGCGCCGGAUGACUUAAUCGGCGACAUCUUACACCACAGUGGCCUCUCCAAGAAGGAGCUGUACGCCGCCUUCACUGAUCUGCAGAUUGGGGGCGUGGAAACGACCGCCAACAGUAUGCUGUGGGCUAUUUUCAACCUGUCACGUAACCCCGCCGCACAGAAGAAGCUGCUGAGCGAGAUUAGGACUGUGGUGUCUGCAGACCAGCAGCCGUGUGGAGAGCACCUGAAGAGCAUGCCCUACCUCAAAGCCUGCCUGAAGGAAUCCAUGAGGUUAUCGCCAUCCGUUCCAUUCACAAGCAGGACCUUGGACAAAGACACUGUGUUGGGAGAUUACGCCAUUCCCAAAGGAACCGUUUUAAUGCUCAACAGUCACGCCAUCGGUGCCAACGAGGAGUACUUUGACGACGGCAAGCAGUUCAAGCCUGAGCGCUGGUUGCGGGAGAAGAGCACCAUCAACCCCUUUUCUCACAUUCCCUUCGGCAUCGGCAAGAGGAUGUGUAUUGGGCGGCGGCUAGCCGAGAUGCAGCUCCAGCUGGCCUUGUGCUGGCUGAUUCGAGACUAUGAGAUUGUGGCGACGGACAAUGAACCACUAGAUGUGAUCCACUCUGGAUUACUGAUCCCAAACAGAGAACUACCAGUGGCCUUCAUCAGAAGAUGAGACGUCUGUGUUCUUCUGGAUUAGAAAUUUCGUACCUCUGUUGCCAUGGCCCUGCUUGGAUGGACCACUAACUCCCUGUAUUGCUGCUCUGUACAUAGAAAAACCACCACAUACAUUAUUGCUCUUCAUGUAAUCAUGCCAUAAAUACCUCAAACUUAUUUAAAAAUAUAUAUAA